AUUUUAAGCUUAUAGUGAAUUUUUAGUGUUAUUUUACGUAUGACAAUAAGUUAACCUGAUUAUCUGCCUGCUAUAAUGCUAUUAGAUCGUGCUAACUUUCACUCUAGGUGUAGAUAGACAAAGUGAAACGAUACGAGCUAUCUGCAAAGCUGCUCCAAAGGAUCUGCCGAGCCCGCAUUAUCUGUGAUAUACAGCUCAGCCUCUCGUCCGUCCUAUAAGGGCUGGGCCAAUUGGGGCUAGAGGCGUGUCCGCAGCAGCUUCCAGCGGUGAUCUCACCCUGCCCUCUGCCAUAGAGGCACUAAACACUGCUACCUGCUUUAUUGACUGCAUCACUACAAACCAUUGUUACUUAGUCUUUAAUUGAAACAAUAUGCAAUCUGUGAAAAUAAUUAUAAAUUUAGCUGGAUAUUGUAGAAAAUUAUUCUAUUUAUAAAUAAUUGUCUGAUGUCUAAUGUUUCUGUAAUAUUAUGUGUUCCAUGUCUAUUUAAGGAUAAUUGUUACUCCAAUAUUGAUACUGUUACCGAACCAAUGCAAUGUAAUUACUCCACCUCAAUGUUGGUGGUGAUCACAAAUAAAAUUGGUGCUUUUAAGCGAGUCGAAGAGAAGAAUGAAAGUCAGCGAGUUAGUGUAAAAAUGGUAGAUAAUAAUAUUUAUAAUGUAGAAUUUGUUGAUAGUAUCCAACAAAACCAAAUGAUUGGCGGUACGCCUAACUACUGCAUUCCUUUAAUGAUUAACGCCAUAACAGUCCAGGGUAUCUCAUACAGUGACCCGUAUUUCAGUAGCUUUAACUUAAACUAUAAGAUGGCGUCACAAGCGCCAGAGUAUAUGAACAAGUCUGAUUACGCUUUUAAAUCCUCAGUUUGUAUAAUACGAGAUGAACUUUGCAUGAAUAAGACACAAUUACUAAAUGUGAAGUCUGCUCAUGAUAUGUUAUUGAAACAUAAAACUCGAAUGAUUACUUACGACAAGUCUGCAACUAAAUGCCAUGACAAUAAUGUAUUGGACGUUGGUAAAACAUCAACCCAGACACCAGUAUUGAAGACAUUUCAAAAUGGCGAUUUGACCUUUGAUGGUAUGUUGGCUCUGGCUGAAAACGAACAAAGAAUCUUUAAAGAAAUUAAGAAGAGCGAAGAAGUGGAUACCUGGGGUGUACCCCGUCGCUUGCGUCUGUGUGGCGGCGGUGAAAGCUCUCUUAAUGCUGCUUCUGGCUGGGGAAGCCCACCUACUUCGAAUAAUACUGGUAAUUGGGGUGGUAAUUCCAGUGGCCAAACAAAUAAUGGGACAAAUAAUACUCAACAAUGGAACAACUCACAACGUCCGCCUACAUCUCAAGCUGAUUUAAACAGCAACAAGGGCAAUGGCAAUCAAAUUCCGCCAACCAGCGCGGCAUCUCAAAAUUGGCAAAGCUCUCCCCCAAACAUGCCAAAUUCCCAAUCCAACAAUAACGGUGCGCCUUCGAGCAAUGGUACAAAUAAUGGUAGUAAUGGAAAUGGGAACAAUAUGUCAAAUGCAAAUGGCAAUGCAAAUGGGCCCACACCUAAUGGCAAUAAUGGGAAUAAUACAAAUAAUACUUCAUCUGCAAAAAUUGAACAAUUGAAUUCAAUGCGAGAGGCCUUAUUCAGCCAAGAUGGCUGGGGUGGUCAACAUGUAAAUCAAGAUACAAAUUGGGAGGUGCCUGGAUCUCCAGAACCUGGCUCAAAAGUUGACUCAACUGCUGGUGGCCCUCCAGCUUGGAAACCAAAUAUUAAUAAUGGUGCUUUUCUUGGAACUGAUCUCUGGGAGGCCAACUUAAGGAAUGGUGGUCAGCCUCCACCACAGCCAGCAUCAAAGACUCCAUGGGGCCAUACCCCUACAACCAAUAUUGGUGGCACCUGGGGUGAAGAUGAUGAUGCAGCUGAUUCAGCCAAUGUAUGGACUGGGCCACCACAGCCUCAGCAGUGGCCUGGAGGUCCGCCAGCCCAUUCUCAGCAGUGGGGAGUACCCAAGAAAGAUGAUUGGAAUGCCUGGGGUGAGCCUCACCGACCAGCUGAUCCAAGGCUGGACCCACACCGCACUCCCGAUCCACGGCAGCAGCCCGCAGACUUGCGUGGAGGAAUAUCUGGAAGACUCAAUGGUGAUAUGUGGAGUCAACACCAUCAACACACAGCAGCUGCUCCUAAUAAGAUGAUGCCCACUGGUGCAGUUAACCAAUGGGGUGCCCAGGGACCAAAGGAUGGUAUCAAAGUGACGGGCUGGGAAGAGCCAUCUCCGCCAGCUGCGCGGCGCGCAGCGGGUGCCUUCGACGACGGAACCUCCCUGUGGGCGCAGCGCGCCGGCAUGGGCGGCAUGGCGCGCGGGGCCCCGCAGGGCCCGCCGGCCCCUCAGCGCAUCCCACCGACUCCUACCAAGCCCGAUGCCGUGUGGGGCACGCACUCACAGCGCAACGGAUCCUGGGAGGAACCCCAUGCCGGGUGGCCGGAUCGCGACGUUCCUGCUUGGUCUGAUACAUCUGGACCUGGGCUCUGGCCCGUGCCCAAACCGAAACCGGCCGGACCCACCGGCGGGUGGCCAGAUGACAUUGCAGAGUGGGGUGGACCUAAACCACCACAGAGUGGCUCUAUUGGCAAACAGUUGACCAAAGAGAUGGUCUGGAAUAGUAAACAGUUCAGAUUCCUUCUCGAGAUGGGCUACAAGAAAGAAGAAGCGGAGGCUGCCCUCCGUAGCCGCGAUAUGAACGUGGAGGAGGCCGCUGAAAUGCUGAACGCAGCUCGCGGUGACGGGUGGCGAAGAGAUGAGCAUUUCCACCAUGGGCCAUUCCAGCCUCAGCCAAGUGUACCUUCCGUGUCACCUGCUGUUGUACAGAAGUUGCUCAAUCAACCUCCACCACAUGCGGUGCAACAUCACCCUUCAUUUAACCACAACAGUGGUACUGGCAACAGUGGCCAACCAAGCACUGCUCAGCUCAGAAUGCUUGUGCAGCAAAUUCAAAUGGCUGUCUCAGCUGGAUACCUGAACCAUCAGAUCUUGAACCAACCACUCGCACCGCAGACGCUGGUGUUACUCAACCAGCUUUUGCAACAGAUAAAAGUGCUACAGCAGUUGGUGCAACAGCAUACUCUGGCCAUAUCAAAGGCCAAUUCCUCUCUCGCAUUGCAGUACUCAAUGCAGAUUACAAAGACGAAACAACAGAUCACAGCUCUACAAAACCAAAUUGCGACUCAGCAAGCUCUAUAUAUGAAGCAGCAAGCCGGCGGCGCGGACCUGUUCAAGCAGAGUCACGACCCUCUAGCCGGACUACCGAAUAAUUUCAGUGACAUGAGCAUUGGCAAGGACUCGCAAGCUGCAUAUGGUGGUGGCGGUAACCAACAGUCUCGUCUGAACCAAUGGAAGCUGCCGUCCCUAGACAAGGAGAGCGAAGGGACCGACUUUAGCCGCGCUCCGGGCACGGCCAAGAGCGCUACCAGCCCUCAACUUAACCAGAUUGGCUUACAGCCCGAUUCAACAUGGGGCGUGGGACGCGGCGCCGAGUGGGGUGAGGGCGCGGACGUGGCGGACGGCAAGGACUGGCCGGCGCACACGCAUCCGCCCGUGUACGACCUCGUGCCGGAGUUCGAGCCCGGCAAGCCGUGGAAGGGCAACCAAAUAAAGACCGUCGAAGACGAUCCGGCUAUGACGCCCGGAUCUGUGGUCCGAUCUCCGCUAUCGUUGACCGCUAUUAAGGACACAGACAUGCUCGGAGGCAAAACCUCCCCCCCAGGUGGUGAGAGAAGCCUCUCUUCGUCGACGUGGAGCUACGCCCCCCCAGUGACGUCAGCGGGCGGCCUGAAGGCUGACGCUUGGGGAGCAAAGGGCCGAGUGGCCCCACCCGGCCUCAACAAGUGGCCCCAGCAUCAUGGGAACAAUGCCCGUACAGUGCCCUCGUGGCAAUCCUCUACGUGGUUGCUUUUGAAGAAUCUUACCGCUCAGAUUGACGGGUCGACCCUGAAGACCCUGUGCGUGCAGCACGGGCCGCUGCAGAACUUCCACCUCUACCUCAACCAGGGGCUGGCCCUUGCACGCUACUCCACACGCGAAGAGGCCGCUAAGGCCCAAAUGGCGCUGAACAACUGCGUGCUGAGCAACACGACGAUAUUCGCGGAGUCUCCCGCUGAGUCGGAGGUGCAGCUCAUCCUGCAGCACCUCGGCUCCGGUGGCGGCGGCGCCUGGCGCGCCGGCGGUGGUUCCAAGCAGGACGGCUGGGGCGGGUUCCCCGGGCUGUGGCCCGACCAGCACGAGCAGCGCGCCACGCCGUCGUCGCUGAACUCGUUCCUUGGAUGCCUUAUGCCUUAUUGA